AUGGGUGAAUACGAAUUCGAAUUCGAAGAGAGAAAAUACGAAGCAGAAGAAGAAGAUCACAAUCACAAUCAGAACGAUUCCUCCCCACAACCACCUCCUGCCGACAACGAUCUCACCGACUCCAAAUCCAACCAUGGUUCUCGUGAUAAUGAAAGAGAAUCCUCGAGAAGUAGAGAAAAGGAGCUGGAGAAUGGGAGAGAUAAGGAAAGGAAAAGGGAAAAAGGGCGAGACAUGGAGAGAAGCAGGGACAGGGAUAGGGAGAGAAGCAAGGACAUGGAUGGGGAGAGAAGCAGGGACAGGGUCAGAGAUAGGGAGAGAAGCAGGGAAAGGGGAAGAGAUAGGGAGAGAAGCAAAGACAGGGAACGUGAUCGGGAUGUGGAUAAGGAUAGGGUCAAGGACCGUGAUCACCAUCAUAGAGACCGACACAGGGAUCGUGGUGAGAGAAGGGUGAGGGAUAGAGAUGACGAUGAUCAAUACAGAAGCCGAGGCUAUGACAGACGAAGGGACUACGAUCGAGAGGAUAGGCAUAGGACUAGGCGCAGGUCUCGAUCUAGAUCAAGGUCAAGAGCUCGAUCUGAGCAUAGAUCAAGGUCACGUUCUCGUUCACGCUCAAAAAGCAAAAGGACUAGUGGUUUUGACAUGGCCCCCCCUGCUUCUGCGAUGUUGGCCGGUGCUUCUGCUGUUGCAGGUCAGAUUACCGGGGCAAGUCCUGCAAUUCCUGGAAUGUUCCCAAAUAUGUUUCCCAUGGCUACAAGUCAGUUGCAGCAAUUUAAUACACUCCCUGUCUUGCCUGUUCAGGCUAUGACACAACAGGCAACACGGCAUGCUAGGCGGGUGUAUGUUGGGGGCCUCUCUCCUACAGCUAAUGAGCAGUCAGUUGCAACUUUCUUCAGUCAGGUUAUGGCUACAAUCGGAGGAAACACUGCUGGUCCAGGUGAUGCCGUUGUGAAUGUUUACAUUAACCAUGAUAAGAAGUUUGCCUUCGUGGAAAUGAGGUCUGUCGAGGAAGCUAGCAAUGCAAUGGCUUUAGAUGGAAUUAUUUUUGAGGGUGCACCAGUUAAGGUCAGGAGACCUACUGAUUAUAAUCCUUCUCUAGCUGCUGCCCUAGGUCCAAGCCAACCUAACCCAAACCUUAAUCUGGGUGCAGUCGGCCUAUCACCUGGGUCUGCUGGGGGACUUGAUGGUCCUGAUCGGAUUUUUGUUGGUGGAGUUCCUUAUUACUUUACUGAAACACAGAUCAGAGAGCUUUUAGAGACUUUUGGUCCUCUUCGGGGUUUUGAUCUAGUGAAAGAUAGAGAAACAGGGAAUUCAAAGGGUUAUGCGUUUUGUGUUUAUCAAGAUCUCGCCGUUACAGAUAUUGCUUGUGCAGCUCUCAAUGGAAUAAAAAUGGGUGAUAAGACCCUUACUGUUAGACGGGCUAAUCAAAACACUAACCCAAUGCAGCCUAAGCCUGAGCAAGAGAGUAUUUUAAUGCAUGCACAGCAGCAGAUUGCUCUCCAGAAACUAAUGUUACAACCAGCAUUAGUGGCAACAAAGGUGCUGUGUUUAACUCAUGCAGUUUCUCCUGAUGAGCUCAAAGAUGACGAGGACUAUGAAGAGAUUCUUGAUGAUAUGCGACAAGAGUGUUCCAAAUUUGGUAAUUUGGUGAAUGUGGUGAUUCCUCGCCCACGACCCGAUGGUGAACUAUGCCCUGGAGUUGGAAAGGUAUUUUUGGAGUAUGCUGAUGUUGAAGGUUCUGCAAAAGCUCGUGCUGGGUUGAAUGGAAGAAAAUUUGGGGGAAAUCAAGUAGUAGCUGUCUAUUAUGCCGAGAACAAAUUUGCUGAGGGCGAUUAUGAAGGCUAA